UGCUUUCGGGACAGGAGCCGGACCGGACUGGGGAAUCGGGGGAUUACAUUGUCUAAGAAUCAGUGUAAAUAAUCUGGAUUUGGCCUCGCAGAGACCGCAGUGUUUUGUGACUCUUGACCUUCUCUGAAUCUCCUCGCUUCUCCACCUCCUCCAGAAGCUCCAUCGUGCCCCAGCGAGAAGCACCAUGAGCCAGUACAGCGUGACCCUGAACGGCCCUGCCCCCUGGGGCUUUAGACUGGCGGGGGGAAAGGACUUCAACCUGCCCCUCUCCAUCUCCAGGCUGACCGACGGAGGGAAGGCGGCCAAAGGGGGCAUCGCCGUGGGAGACCUGGUCCUCUCCAUCGACGGCAUCGCCACCGACAGCAUGAACCACCUGGAGGCUCAGAACAAGAUCAAGAACUGCACCGGGAACCUCAGCCUCAACCUGCAGAAGGCUCCCAGUGUUCCCAAACCUCCUCCAGUCGCGCCCAAGGACGACAUCAUCAGACCCGUGGCCCUCGCUCACCCCCUCCCCCCGCCGCCUCACCCGCACAGCCCCAGCCCCCCCCACGCCGCCCCCUACCUCCCGGGACCCCCGCCCCCCUCCCCCUUCAUCCCCUCGCCCUCCUCCGCCUUCACCCCCACCUCCUCCUCUCCGCCGCCUCCUCCCCCAGCCCCCCCCUCCCCCCGCCGCCCCCCCCCCAUCCUGGUGCCCCCCCAGCCCUCCGUCUACAACACGCCCAUCCACCUGUACUCCGCCCAGAACGCCUGCGAGGUGGCCAUGGGGCAGAGGCGGGGCCUGUUGGAGAGCCAGGGCGGAGCUUUGGCCAACGGAGCACCUCGUAAACACAUCGUGGACACAGACAUCCACUUCUACCAUGUGCCCACUCACGCCGACGCCAGCCGCAAACGCAUCAUGGAGGACACCGAGGACUGGCGCCCGCGCACUGGCACCACCCAGUCCAGGUCCUUCAGGAUCCUGGCCCAGAUCACCGGCACCGAGAACCCUCAACCAGAGGAGACAGACGCAGCCAAGAAGACAAAUGAGGACGUUGCUGAGCCUGCGGUGAACAGCCACGACUCUGCGGUCAUCAAAACCAUGGUCAAGAGUCCAGCUCCAGGUGCUGCUCCUCCUCUGAAGGCUUUCGUCUCACUGAGUUCUGAAAAAACAUCUCGAGUAACGUGCUCAUCCUCCAGAGGAAAGAGCACUGUCGACAAAUGUCAUGGAGCUCAGACGGGUUUGGUGACUCCCUCUUUUGGCAUGAAGGGGAAGAGCGGAGCACCCAAAGGCCCUGUGCCCAGCAGACCCAUCCCUCAGCCCCACCCAAAGGACCAGGACACGCUGGUGCAGAUGGCAGAGCACUACCCCGCGGGCACCCGGACGCCCAUGUGCCACUGCAGCAUGGUCAUCAGAGGGCCCUUCCUGGUGGCGAUGGGGCGCUCCUGGCAUAAAGAGGAGUUUAAUUGCGCCCACUGCAGGUCGUCUCUGGCGGACAUCGGCUUUGUGGAGGAGCAGGGCUGUGUGUACUGUGAGCACUGCUACGAGGAGUUCUUCGCCCCCACCUGCAGCCGCUGCGGAGCCAAGAUCAUGGGGGAGGUGAUCAACGCUCUGAAGCAGACGUGGCACGUGCACUGCUUCCUGUGCGCGUGCUGUCAGCAGCCCAUCAGAAACAACUGCUUCCACCUGGAGGACGGGGAGCCUUACUGCGAAACAGACUUCUACAGUUUGUUUGGGACCGGUUGCCAUGGCUGCGAGUUCCCCAUCGAGGCGGGGGAUCGGUUCCUGGAGGCUCUGGGCUACACCUGGCACGACACCUGCUUCGUCUGCGCGGUUUGCUGCGUGUCUCUGGAGGGUCAAAAGUUCUUCUCCAAAAAAGACAAACCUCUGUGUAAGAAGCACGCAAACACAUUCAAGAUCUGAGUCCUCUCCUCCUCCGCACCUGCAACGUC